CAACGAUUCUCUUUGUUUGAGAGACAAGUAGAAGAGCACCCUGGGUGCUAAAUUUUCGCUCGCCAUGAGGACCCGCUUUCCACAUUAGGGAUCACGCGAAAUCGGAAGGAUGCAGGUGAAUUCAUCGGCUGACGAGCCCGGCCGGGUCAAUCAGAGCGGCGGCCUUGUUGCCACCAACACCACAGGGUCAAAUGACACUGAGACGUCAAGUGACCCAACUGACGCCCUCAUCAGAAACCUCUAUCUCUUGAGCAUUCCACCAAUUCUAUUGUUCUGCUUCGCCACCUUUGUAGUCAACUCGGUGGUCGUCGUCUCUUCAAGAUGGAUCAGACGGCCAUUGUCACCAACCAUAUCCAUUUCCAUCAGUCUAGCCAUGGCCGACGCUUACGCCUCUCUAGUGGUAGGAAUCGGACUGGUCAUCAACAGUCUGCUUCCUGUGGCCUUCCACAUUCCAGUGGGCCCCAGCACCAUCUGCUACGUUCUGGCCCUGGAAGCAUUUCGUCUGGGAGGCAUUAUAUCAUCCAUUGCUCAUCUGACCGCACUUGCCAUCAACCACUACAUUGGCAUCUUGCGACCUCUGCACUAUGCGUCCACCAUGACUCCAAGGACGACAUCUAUAGUGAUUGCCCUCCUGUGGAUCGUUCCGAUAGCUUUCUUCUUUAUUUAUUUCAGCUCCAUGCCGGACAUGGGGUUCCGUUCAAACAAUUGCGCCUCUUUCACCUUCCUCUUGUAUAAAGAAUUUCGAUACUUAUUCUCCUCCAUGUUCUUCACUCCUUUGAUCAUCAUGGGUGUCAUCUAUUGCCACAUCUUUGUCAUCGUCAAACGUCACCAAGCUAGCCGGCGCCGUUUCCAAAACUCAAACCAACUGGCAAGGAGCGUCAAGGCCGUGAAGACAACUGUCCUCAUUUUGGGCACCUACGUUGUAGGCUGGAUGCCGGCAGUGCUGGUCUACUGUCUGGUUUGCGCUGACUGCCUGUACCACUUCACCGCCGCCGACAGGAUAACCAUGUUUGUUUUGUACACCACGGUAAACUUUAUGUACAUCUUGAAGACCUUGGUUGACCCAAUCAUAUACGCCGCCCGCAUGCACGAGAUCAAACUGGCUCUGAAGAAGAUGCGGGUAAGCAUAUGUGGUGGCGUAGAACAACAGGACACGCGACCUUCCAGUGAGUUGUCGCAACAACGACUCUCUACGUAUGCAUCGCGGAGAACUCCUGAGCGUCAUGGGAUGACAGCAAAUGGGAGUUUCCGCAGCACAAAGCUUGUGCCCGUGAGCAGCACCAGCAAUAGAGCCAUUACAAUGGUACCUGCUAAGUCCAUAUUUAGAUCUAACGAAGACAUUCAAGCAAAUAGUUCUUUGGUGUGAUUGUGCCAAGUGAAACGAGACGAUCAAAAGGAUGUCUUAUGAUGAGUAUGCUUGUGUGAUUCGCGAUUCAGUCGAGGUGAGACAAUUAAUUUCCUCGUCCGCAGCUUGCGUGGUUUAAUAAAGUGUAGACUUUGCGCCAGCUAAAGCUAAAGACACUUUUCGUUAAAUAAAAAUGUUAAUCUUUUGAAGACUUAAGACUUAACUAAAACCACUCACUCUGUACAAAAUAUUGAAUCCCAUUAACAAAUUGUAAUUAUAUGCUUGAAAAUUAAUUUCAUGUAAUUAAAAAGGACAUUUUUACAGUUCAAAAUAGAUUUAAGCUGGUCACUAUCAUUGAACAUAAUUCUUGCCCUAAGCAAAGCAAUCUUUCAAAGCUCAUUCUUUCCAUUUUGCAAAGUUGAUUUUUUUUUCAAAUUACUUUUAAAGUCCCAUCUAUUUUUAUAAAAAAAGGGAUAAAAAAAACAAAUAAUAAAUAAUUCUUUGUACUAAUUACACUAAUGCUUCUGAUAUUAAAACGUUUCUGGGAAAUAAUAAUAAAAUAUUUAGUUCCCCCAAGGAAGGUUAUAAUUGUUAAAAAUAAGAAAAGAUGCUAUGUUUAGCUGUGAAACAAGAUCAUUUUGAGAAAAUCUGAAUAAAUUUCAACUACCAUUACUCCAAGAGUACCACUAAAUAAGUGGAUUGAAUAGAAUUUCAGACAUAAUACUGCGUGAGCGUAGCUAAAUUGUCUGAAAUAAUAAAUUUAUAAAUGGGCUGUAUUAUUCAGCAGAAAAAUUUUACAUUUUAAAGAGCUUUUAAGUGGAAAACAUGAGCUCAUAACUGUAAAUCGUUGUCGGCAAUGUUAAAAUACUUAAAAUUAUUAUAUAAAAAGUUUUAGUCUGAUGUCUGAUAUGAUCUUGUGAGUAAGAUAAAAUUUGAACAAGAAAUUAUGACGAAACCCUUUGUAAAAUUGUGCUGAUUUUAUCAGUCUUUUUAUUAAACAAAUUAAAGAUUAAUUUUAAAUAACUUCAGAUGUCUUAUGAUAAUAAUGAUAAAAUUUUUCGCGUAUCAUGUUGUGUCAUCGCUGUAAUGAUUCGAUGUAAAAAUGCAACAUAUUUUUACCUAAAAUAACUAUUAAUGUCAAAUUUUGGCGUUCAUUAAACAGAUUUACUUCUAUCCAUAAAAAUUUUGAAUUAUAAAAAGAAUAAACAAAUUUAGGAUUUUUUUUUUUUCAAACUAGACAACAAAAUUAAUUUGCCCUGAUAUUAGCCAAUAUAAGCAUUGCAUGUUUUCUUAAUAUGGAAAUUUUUCUUUCAAAAAAGAACAAUUCACUUCCUCUCCCAUAAUGAGCUAUGUUAGGUCCACGCUUAAUUAAGGGAGUGAUCGAGAGAGACUCUAAAUUUGCACAUCGGCGAAACCAUCAUGUAAAUCAAAGGAUCAUUGCAUUUCAAUAAAAUUUACUUAAUAUUAUAUUGAUGUUACUGGUUGUAACUUGUGCAAAUUUUGGGUGGCUAAUAAAAUAUUCAAAGACUGCUUCAACAUCUCAAUUUGGCACUUUUAGUCUUUGACUCUACGUAAUUCUCUUAAAGUUUGAAGCGCUUUUUUAUGGCAUUUGCAAACUCCUAUGCUACAAAGACAGUAGGGAGGCUCAAAGUUAAUUAAGAAAAUUACCUCUAUCAGACGACAAAAAACUUCUGUCUUUGCUAACCUCUCUCCGAUAUUAAAAGCACCGGGUGUGGCUACCACAAAAAGUCGUCACCUAAUUAAAUUGCGGUUGCCAAAAACAGGAAUCUUUUGACACUAAUGUUUUACAACUGUGACCUUUACUUUGAGCACUCGCACUCUAGCAAGUGGAAGCGCGUCUUGAGUUUUUUUUUUCAUUUUUACACCGACGAAAAAAACAAUACGUGAUCUCAAAAUUUAACUUUCAUUGCUUGAAAUUUUGUAUUGAAUUUGUUAAUACAGAAAUUGUGAGCCACGAAAAUAAAAAAAUAAUAACUUCAAAUUAAGUAUUGUUUGUCGCUAAGUUCAUAUCGAAUUUACGUGCGUGCUGGAGUUUGUGUAUAAUAAUGUUUCUCGGCUAUUAGGAGUUUACCCAUCAAAAAUGUGAAAAAUCAUUGUUCAGAUUUAUACAAAUAGCUCAAAGCUUUAACUGAAGAUGAAAUUAUUUCCACUAUGGUUCAUAUUUCAUGAAUGGAAAA